UAUUUACGAUUUGCCUGUUAAUACCUGUGCCACUUUUUACAGUUUCGUGUUCCGGCCCCUCGCAAUUGUCAGUGUACCUGUCCACUUACGGUCAAACUGGUCAUUCAUCACACCGUGACCACAGAAUAGAUAUUUCGCCAUCACGGACAGUGAGUGGACAAUUAUGUCUCCUAACUCCCAGUGAUAAAUAGACAACAGAUUUCUUUGUUGUGACAUCUUACAUAGAGACCGUAUAUACGCAUCAUUAACAUCAACGUCAUGACACAAUCUCUGGCGCUGUCCGUGCUGCUGGGACUGACCGUGAUCUGUUUGACGGACGGGCUUGACCAGGCAAGGGCGAGAUGGCCGUUCAACAAACAAGAAACACAAGAAAGUAUUCAAUUUGCAAAUACUCCUUUGGUUACAAACAGCGACAUUAACAACAAUAUAAACAACAAUAUCAUCAACGAUAUCAACAGCAAUAACAUCAAUAUCAUCAACGACAACAAUAAUAUGAACAACUUAGAUAUAAACAACAUCAACAACAUCGGUAACCUUGGAAACUGUCCCCUCGAGCGACACGAGGCCCCAAACAUGUAUUACCACAGAGAAUCCCACGGAAAGCGAUUUGAACGGAAGUGUCCGGAUAGGCUCAUCUUCAGCGAAGUCGACUGCGCAUGCGCUUUUCCUCCAGAUGAGUGUACGGGGAUGUCGACCUCCUCCAAGGGACCCCGGCACUACCAGCAGUACGCCGCGGGCCGGUGGGUGACGAUGAAAUGUGCCCCGGGGACCGUCUACAACAAAGCGUCGUGUCGAUGUGACAUCCACAGCAAUCUGGGACAGAGCAAGACCAACUGGGUAGACGGCUCAAUAUUUAACUAAAGCUGUACUGCUCGUAUUGGUGGACAAAGACUCUCGUAUUCAACUAUUCCGUCUUUGAGUAUUGCAGAGUUAUCUUCUCUUGUGAGCAGGUAUUGAUUGUUCCGUCAUUGGUUUGUGU